AUGGCUGACGGCGGCAUUCCAAGCUUUAAGGCAGCUGACCUGGUUAUCGAGCUGUCCUCCACUCCAAAGCCCAAACGGGACGACCCUGCCUUUGGGAACGUCUUCACUGACCACAUGCUGACCAUAGAGUGGAGUGCGAGUGAGGGCUGGCAGGCUCCGCUCAUCAAGCCCUUUGGGAACCUGUCACUCCACCCGGCCUGUUCGUCACUACAUUACGCCAUACAGCUGUUUGAAGGGUUGAAGGUGUACCGUGGGGAUGACAACCAACUGCGUCUCUUCAGACCAAUGCUAAACAUGAGCCGCAUGUCCAACACUGCCGAGAGAGCUUGCCUACCCGCCUUUGAUCAGUCAGAGUUUCUGGAAUGUAUCAGGCGACUCGUAGAGCUCGACCAGGACUGGGUUCCUCACUCAGACUCAGGCAGUCUGUACAUCAGGCCGACAUUUCUUGGGACUGAGCAAUCUCUGGGUGUAAAGAAGGCUGCCAAUGCCUUGCUGUAUGUGAUCUUGUGUCCAGUGGGCUCAUACUAUAACAGUGAGGCAGGAUGUCUGUCCUUGUGGGCCGACCCAAAGUACACAAGGGCCUGGAAAGGAGGGACCGGAAACUUCAAGAUGGGAGGAAACUACGGGUGUUCUUUGUUCGCCCAGUAUGAAGCAGCGGAUCACGGGUGCCAGCAGGUGCUGUGGCUGUACGGGGAGGACCACCAGAUCACCGAGGCAGGCACCAUGAACAUCUUCCUGUACUGGAUCAAUGAGGAUGGAGAGGAGGAACUUGCAACUCCACCUCUGGAUGGCAUCAUACUCCCAGGUGUAACCCGACAGAGCAUCAUGGAACUGACCAGGAAAUGGGGGGAGUUUAAGGUGACAGAGCGCUACCUGACCAUGAGCCAGCUGUGCUCCGCUCUGAAGCAGCUGCGGGUCAAAGAGGUAUUUGGCUCGGGUACUGCCUGCAUGAUCUGUCCCGUUGGACACAUUCUUUACCAGGGAGAGAACUUGCACAUCCCCUGUCAGGAUAAAAACUCACAGUUGGCUUCACGGAUAGCAAAGGAACUCAUGGACAUACAGCGCGGACGCACGCCCAGUGACUGGACUCUCAUGGUGUAG